AUGCGUUUCGCUCUUUUCUGUUCUAUCGCCCUUGGGGCUGAUAUUGUCGUUGCGAGUGUAUGCAAACCUCGUCACUCGACAGACAGCAGUGGUGUUUCUGGAGAGGCUAGCUCGACUGUUUCUGAGAUCAGUUCCGCUACCGGUACCGAGCUUGAGACUGCCACUACGAGCGCUGUAUCCUCGUAUGUGACCAUCGAGACCACUGCUUCUGUCGAUUUGUCUACCAGUGCUGUAACACUUACCUCCGAGGACGAAACUACCGCUGAGACGAUGAGCUCUGAGCUUUCGUCCACCUACACCGAAGACAGCAUCACGACUGUCUCUGAAGCCACCACAAUCAUCGCCGAGACAACAACGACUGCCUUUGAUGAAAGCACCACAACGCUGGCCGAAACAACAACCACAGCCGCCGCACCUCCUAUCCAAACCUUCCAAGUCACUGCUCAAGGAGUAGGUCCGCUAUUGGGCUUCCCUUCCCCAGGCUCAGUAAUAGCCUUCAACCUUCAAAACAACCCACCUCUUUCACUCACUCUCGACCCCGAAUCGUCUCACGUACGCGUAGGCGGCCUCUACUGGUGCGUUUCGUACCAGAUGAACCCUGCCCACCCGGCAUCAUUGUCUCUUUGCAGUGAAGACCAAAGGGAUAGCGCGGGCUUUCUUACUUGCGAUGAGAGUCUACAGUGCUCUGCUCCGGCUGGAUUGUGUGGUUUCAACGUAGAGAACAUGGAGGAAGGAUGUUGGACUACGCCUGGUGUGUUUUCGAAGUUCUAUGUUCUGGACACGGGCAACAGCUUCCGUCUUUUCCUGGUCUCUGUAGAUAAUUCUCUUUCUGGGAGCCAAUGGUCGACUGUUGAGCUUCAAGCUGCCCCGGCGGCCCUUGGUGAUUGA